GCGUAUGGCAUACAUGCGUGUGCGACAUUUACGCUCGCAGUCUUUCCUGUUUGAUCCGCGCGACACCGAACCGUGCGAGCAGCAGUAAGCAGCGCGACGCCGAACCGAGCGUCUCGCUAGACGCUCCGAGAAUUUGUAUUUACCGACGCCGAGAUGCUCUCUCGCCCGUUGUGUCUAGCCUAGAUCCGAAUUUCACGCGAGGAGAAAGCAGUCUCGAAAGAUCGAGACCAUUGUACGCGGAUCUUCGUAAACGGCGAGGCGUCCAUCUGUAAAUGGCUAAGCAUUUCGUUGCAACAGAGACAACUCGAGAAAACGAUGGAAAUCCUGGGCGUGAAAUUUGCACCGUUGAACGUGCCGCUGAGACGAAGGCUCGAAACACUCUCAGCGGCGAUAUGGAUUGUUCUGUUAGGAUUCGGGGAUUUCAUUGGGUACAUCCUCACCGUUUAUCUCCUCUUCUACACGGAAACUCUGCGUUAUCUCGUCUUGGUUUAUUUCGUCUGGAUGUAUUACGACUGGGGCACGUGCAAUCGAGGCGGUAGAAAGGAAUGGUGGACAAGAUGGCUGAGAAACUGCGCGUGGUUGCAUUACUUUUGCAACUAUUUUCCCGUGAGACUGGUGAAAACCGUUGAUCUGGAUCCGUCCAGGUCCUACUUGUUCUGCAGCUUCCCUCACGGAAUUCUGUCCACGGGUGUCUUCGGGGCUUUCGGGUCGGACGUUCUCGGCUGCAGAGAGAUGUUUCCAGGACUGGACAUACGGGUCGUAAUUCUGGACCAACAUUUCAGAAUCCCUCUCUUCCGCGAAUACGCUUAUCUGAGCGGUACGGUGAGCAGCAGCGCCGAAAGUUUGAACUAUAUGCUGUCGACGAAGCCCGAGGAGCCGUUCACUGGAAGAGGAACAGUCCUCAUCGUCGGUGGAGCGUCGGAAUCAUUGGAAUGUAAGCCAGGCACUUAUCGUAUCCUGGUAAAAAGAAGAAAAGGCUUCGUAAAGAUCGCGCUGAAGCAUGGGACACCUCUGGUGCCUGUGAUUUCGUUCGGUGAAACGGACGUGUACGAUCAGGUGUACGGGCCGGAGAACUCGCUCUUCAGGAGAGCGCAAAACUAUAUCCGUAAUAAAAUCGGAAUCGCGCCGAUCCUCCUGCUGGGACGUGGAUUUUUCCAGUACUCGUUUGGUAUCAUCGCGCAACGGAGACCUAUCACUGUCGUUGUUGGUAGUCCCUUGGAGUUGCCGAAAAUAACAGAACCAACGGCGGAACAGAUCGAAGAGCACCAUGGGAGGUUCAUAAAGCAUUUGGUAGAGCUGUUCGAGAACCACAAGCACAAAUACGUGAAAGAUGCUAAUUCAGUGACCCUAGAAUUGAUGUCGUGAUACUACUUACCACACAAUAGUGAUUUUUAAUGGAUCUCUGGAUUCGAUGAGAACUCAUCGAUAUCCAAAAAAACAGACGAUUUCUAUACACUGUUACGUUUUGAGUGAUUUUAUAAUCGCGUCGCGAGGGCGUCGACGAAGGUCGUUUUCGCGCACGCGCGUUCUUUUAAUCAUAAUGAGAAUUUCCCUAGCUAAUUUGUAUAGAAGAAGAUAGCAUUAAGCAGUUAAGUUUAAUAACAUUUUAUGAGGCGAAGGCCUUUAACACUAAACUUACCACGACCGGUCGUCCGACCGGUUGGAAUGAUUUAUAUUUUUUUGUAAAAAACUGGGCAAAAUUCGGUACCAAAUUCUAGUUAAAUUCAGAUGUAAAUAGGAAACAUAUGUAUAGCAAAGGCGAAAGGAGAGAAUCUUUAGUUUCCACUGUCUUAGAACAGUCUAACAAUGCGUAUUAAAAAUACUAAAACUUUAGACCAGUGCA